AGGGGUGUGCAAGAGUAGUAUGGAGUGGAAAACUUUCCAAACCUCUCUCUUAAAGCUGCAAUAACUGAGUGAGUGUAAGAUGAGAUUGUGGCUCUUUACUUUUAAGUUACUAUUUGUCUCCAUCCACCGCUUUCAGUGCUUGGGCAGCGCUUGCUGUGGGUUUCUCCGUUGCUUCGCAGUUUAAUGAGCAGUUCAUCAAACUGGAGUGUGUUCAGUUCCUCCUUUUCUUUCAGCUGUGGCUGCUUGCAGAUAAAUUGACACAAUGUGGAGCAACAAGUCGAAUGAGGUGCCUCUACAAAAUCCGAGGCAUAACCAAAACAAGGAUUCUACCAGAGAUCUAACUGCAGCAUGGGCUACUUUUUCUCAGACUAAGGCUGCUCUACGUCAUAUAGAGAACAAAUUGGAAAUAGCUCCCACCAGCACAGCCGUGUUCGAUUCUGUCAUGGAUGCCAAGAAGCCCUCUGCUAGCUCGAGCAGGAAAAUAAGCAGAAAGGCUUCCCGGUCCUCCAGCCAAAAUAAAUCAAGCAAGGACAAGUCCUCACGCAGCCCUCUUCGAGCGACCACCCUUGAAAGCAAUGUGAAAAAAAGCAAUCGUGUGGAAUUUCGGGAACCAUUGGCUUCAUACAGGGACACGUAUAGCUCUCUGCCUUAUCAAAGUUCUAGCCAACUUGAGGCCAAGCAACUGCUCUCUGGUUUGGACUUCAACGAAGCAGAAGGGAAGACUGAAAUAACAGGCUGUAUGAUACAUGACCAAGAUGAACGGGAUCUACACAGCAGAGAUUUUGAAAGCCCAUGUUCUUCUGCUGCAGAUGAGACUGUUGUUAGGUAUUUGAAUGACAGACCAGCAAUUGAUGCCCUGCAGAAUAAUGAGGCAUUUCUUAAGGUUGCAAUACCUCCAAGGUUGGAAGAAGAAAAAGCUGGUGGCUCCAGAGGAGAUUCGAGUAGCACUAAAACUCCUCAGAGUAACACAUCCCAGGACAGUGACCUGAAAGUGUCUUCUCCUUCUGCCACGAGUACUUCUAGUGCUCAUAGGCUGGAAAUCUUGAAACGGCGGCAGCAUGAUGCUAAGUUGGAGAAGCUGAAGGAGCGGAUUCGAAAGCAGUGGGAGCAUUCUGAAGAACUGGGUGGCAGAGGGCAGCACUUGGGGUAUGCUGAGCAACCCGUCGUGAUCACAAACGUGGAGAAUGCGGUGACUCCCAAAGUCAGGAAAGUGACAGCUGCACCUGCAGCUCCAUCAUAUAGAGGUUUCAAUCCCACUGAAACGAAGAUUCGCGCUCCAGAUGGAAAGAUCUGGCGUGAGCAAGAAUUUCACAUUACUCGGGAGCUGUAUAGAGAUAUAGCACUCCAGUUAACAGGGAAUUCAACAGUGAAAGAAAAACCUAGUGAGAGAAACAAAGAGAAAAAAGCAACCAGACCAGUGCGGAAAGUGCAAAAACUGACACGGUUGUCAAGCUCAGAGUCCAAACAAGGUGGAAACUAUGUAAUAAGUGCAUCCUCCUGGCGGGAGGGACAAAAGCUGGUAAAAAAGAUACUGGGUCCAGCUCCCAGAAUAGAACAGGACAGAAGAGCUGUAUCUAGUGACAGAACAGGACGAGAGAGAGCUGCCAAGUCUGCAGGCUGUAUUGGAAGGACGGGUUCAGAUUCUAGACUGGAUGUUACCCGUAAAACCUCUUCAAGAAGUUCUGAAAGGUCGAGGAGUAAAGUGCGGUCUGAGAAUAACCUGAAGAAACUGGAAGCUGCUCUUCCAGAUGGUAACCAAGAAGAUCAUGGCUCUGUAAAUAAGGACUUCCUGCCCGUGGAGAUACGUGGCAUUCUCGAUGACUUGCAGUUGGAUUCCAUGAGUACAAAGCAAGAGAAAGAUGUGGAAAAGCAGAAUCAGAAAUCUGUUUUGCCUGCUCAAAAUGCCAGGAGCCACAGUCCAACCAAAAGGAAACCGGACAAGAUUGCUGCCAGUGAAGAGCCUCAGGUGAUCUCUAAGAAACGUCACUAUGAUACGGAUGAGGUUCGUCAGUACAUCAUCAGGCAGCAAGAAGAGAGGAAGAAGAAGCAAAAUGAAGAGAAGAAAGCACAAAAGGAGGCAACAGAACAGAAGAACAAAAGGCUCCAGGAGCUCUACAGAAAGCAGAAGGAGGCUUUUACUAAAGUGAAAAACGUGCCUCCUACUGAACCUUCAGCAGCCAAACGGUUACAGGAAACCUAUUCUAAACUAUUGCUGGAACAUACACUUCUAGAAGAGCCACCUCAGCUGCCUACAGUGCAGGAAGCACAGCCCAGACCUGGUUAUCAACCAUCUGGGGAAUCUGACAAAGAAAACAAGGCUCAAGAGCGUCCUCCGAGUGCAUCUUCAAGUAGUGACAUGUCGCUUUCAGAACCACAGCAGCCGCUACUGAGGAGUGAUUUGCUGGAGCCUCCAUGGGUACAGCCAGACAGGUUGAGCCCAAGAAUCCAGCUCUCUCACCCACAAGCUCUCAUGGGCUCAAGUGGAGGUCCAUGCUCCCAACACUGGAGCCUGGAGCAGAUGGACCUUUUGUCAAAGGAGUGUGAUGCAAUGCUGGCAGGCAGGAGGAACCAUCCUGCCCCUGUGGGAUCACUGACCUUGAUGCCUCAGCCAUUCCUGAAUUCACCCACCGCACAGCAAAAUCUCUUAGUAAAACCUACUGCUAACCAAUAUAAGAGCAAAUUAGAUCGAAUUGAAGCUUUGAAAGCUACAGCUGCUUCCCUUUCUAGCAGGAUUGAAAGUGAAGCAAAAAAAUUGGCUGGGGCCGGUAUCAAUUAUGGUACCAUGUGGAACUCAGAAUUUAUGCAAGAAAACCAGGAUGAUGGGCGAUGGGCAAAGGCUGUGAGUCCUCCUGUGAGAGAGGAAAAUGAAGAUGCUUUUUCAGCCAGAAUCCAAAAAAUGCUGGGUACCUGUGUGUCUCAUACAGCCUUUGAUGACAACCUUCCUGGGGUAGGCAACCUUAGUGAAUUUAAAAAGCUCCCCGAGACCAUCAGGCCUCAUACUGCUGCAGUCAGCCUUGGAAUGAGGUCCCCUGCUGCUAACAGGCAUGAGGGGAUACUGGGACAUUUAUCUAAGAGACAGACUGACUCCCCAGGGCGUGAAAACCAGGCUCAUGCUCCAAACAAAGCUGUAAUUCCUCACGAGUCCAGCAUUGACUCCAUCAGCGAAGGGCCUCUCCCGAGUGAUGGAAGCCUCUCUGAAGAGGAAGGAGGCCACCACAAACAAUUGCAACUGAAGAUGCUGGAGACAUUAAAAGAGAAGGAUUUCUGCAUUCGGGAGAGAAAUGCUUUUGAGCCCAUAAGGGAGUUUCAGAAAGAAGCUGAGAAGUAUUUGCCACUUUUCACUCAGACAAGCGGGGCACACAGCAAGGGGCCAUGGGAGGAACUAGCGAAGGGAAGUCCCCACAGUGUCAUCAACAUCUUUGCGAAAAGUUAUCAGCUUCAUGGAAAAGUGUUUGAUGAAAGGUCGAGUGGAGGGUCUACUCUUCUGCACCCUUUGCUCCCUGCCAUGAGCCCUCCAGAAAGCCUGGUUUCUUACGAAGAUGAUUUUGCCUCGUCACAGGGAAGUGACACUUUAACAGACAAAAAAAUUGCACGUGACCUCAGUGUUGCUGGCAGCAGUAAUUCAAGCAUUCAGGAAGAACUUCCAAGCAGGAAGUCUCCCCGUGAACCUCGAUCUGUAGAGCUUGCUUCUCAGCAUUCAUCUGGACCACGGUCUGCAGCAUCCUCUCGCUCAUCUGCUUCCUCUAAAAAGAGAGGGAAAAAGGAACGGUUGGACUCUUUCAGUGGAAGUUCUCACCACUUUCCUGUGGAAGAAGAUAAAAUGCUAUCUGAAUUAGAAUGGGGAUCCCAACAGACAAAGAAGUCCUUAUCAAGUAGCAGAAUUUCUAGUAAAGAUCACGAGCAGAACCCGGAUACAGACAGCACAUUAGAAAACUUGUCUGGACACUCCCUAAUGAGCUUCUCAGACAAGGGAAGAUCCCAGAAGACGCCAGCUUCUUCCCCAUCCGGUUCCCAAAAAAUGUUGCAGUUUGAUUCUACAGGCAAUACAGCAGAAAGAGUCAAGUCACCUGCUGGCUCUUCUGGAAGUACAGCACCAGGGCUGAAGCCUAACAUAGCCUUCCCUGACCUGAGUCUGGGAACAGGCAGGUUGACUAGUAAGUCUUACCCUGCAGGAUGUAUGCGCUUCUCCCCUGCUGGUCUUCAGCAUCGUUUAUCAGCAGAAUUGAACUACCUUAAUGCUAUCGAGGAGUCUGUGCGCCAGCUUUCAGACGUAGAGCGGGUACGAGGCAUAUCACUUGCCCAGCAGGAGAGCGUUUCUUUGGCUCAGAUUCUAAAGGCACAGCAACAGCGCCACGAACGGGAUUUGACUCUUUUGAAAAUCAAGGCCGAACAAGAAGCUUUAGAAAGUCAGAGACAACUGGAGGAGGCAAGGCAGAAGGCAGCUCAGGUCCACGCAGAGUCACUGCAGCAUCUGGUCCAGUCGCGGCAGGAGGCUGCACAGGAGACCCCAUGCAAGGCUGCAGCCAAACAGGCAGAAACUGCACUUCUCACUACAGAUGCAGCUCACCAAAUCCGGGAGAUGACAGAGUUAGCACGAGCACAGAUCUCGGAUACUGUCAGCGCUCCAGCUGCUCCAGUCACCACCUUGUUUGACCACCAGCGGCAGCAUCAUUCAGAGUUCAUGAAACAACUGAGAGCCCGAACUGAUACAAACAGGAAAUGUGAGCCAUCUGGUACCAUAUCACAUGGUAAAGAGGAGAGAGGUGACUCAAAACAGACAUACUCACCGAUGUUCGAUAGUUAUUCAGAGUCCUCGAGAUCAAAAGUUCAUGAUCAGAGUAGUACCAGCAGCCGCCAAGAGAGUCCUUCAGUUCCAUCUUCUAAGGAGAAUGAGAAAAAGCUUUCCCGUCGUGAGAAGAUAAGUAGCAGUAUUGAAGAGCAGGCUCAUACUGGUGUUGAUGACUCCUUGCCAAGUGAUAGUGUUUUAUCACUGCCAGAUGAAAAAGAUUCUGCUUCUGUUGCAACAGAGUAUUCCCUGAAAUUUGAUGAGUCCAUGACAGAGGAUGAGAUUGAGGAAAAGUCUUUUCGGUCUUUGCUGCCCUCUGAGAGUCAUCGCAGAAAUAAUUUGGAGAAGAAACGGGGUAAUCGCGAUGAUUCUGAUGAGGAAGUCUCCCCAGAAAAAACGGCUCUGUCAUCUAUCAAGGAGCUAAGCAUGCCAUUCUCAGGGGGGCAGGAUAGUUUCUCUAAAUUUACCAUGGAGAUGGUAAGACAGUACAUGAAAGAGGAGGAAAUGCGAGCGGCUCAUCAGUCCUCACUGCUUCGGCUCCGGGAGAAGGCUCUGAAAGAGAAGACCAAGGCUGAAUUGGCUUGGCUGGAACACCAAAAGAAGCAUUUGAGAGACAAGGGAGAGGAUGAUAAGAUGCCUCCCAUUCGAAAGAGGCAGCGUGGUCUGCUCCUGAGAUUACAGCAGGAGAAGGCAGAAAUUAAGCGCCUUCAAGAGGCUAACAAGGCUGCCCGGAAGGAGAGACAGCUGAUCCUUAAACAGCAGGCGGAAAUAGAACGAAUCCGUCAGACUACAAUGAAACUGCAGGAAAAACUAAAGUCUGCAGGAGAAAACAAGCUGGAACUUCACAGUGAGGAUGACAUCAAGCAGAGCAAUGGUUCUAGCCCGCUUCCAACAGAUGAAGAAACACGCAGCCCUUCCCCAAUCUCAAUCUCCAGCAGUGAGACCAGUAGCAUUAUGCAGAAGCUUAAAAAAAUGCGCAGCAGAAUGGAUGAAAAGUUCCUCACUAAGCGAGAACAGAAGCUGAUGCAGCGUCGACAACACGCUGAAGAACUGCUGGAGUGGAAACGCCGCCUGGAUGCAGAGGAAGCAGAGAUACGGCAGAUCGAAAAGCAGGCUCUUGCUGCCUGGGACAAAGAGCUGCUGAAAACCAAAAUAGCCAAGAAAGACCUGGGAGAUCAGAGAACUGAGCCCAAAGAAACGGCUAGUGAAGAAGAGUCUCCAAUGCCUUCUUGCUCUCAUCUAAACAGUGAAAGUUCUAUCCCAGAAGAUCUUGGCAGUCUCCCUGCUGAGUCUGUCCCUUCAGAGACUAUGGGCCACGAACAGCCAGAAAGCCCUGAUCAGAGCACAGCUAACGAAGAAAUGGUUUAUUCUGAAGAGUUCAAGUCCUCUACCUCACCUGGCAAACUUUCUCCUCCCAAAAGCAGCAUAUCUGUAUCAAAGCAAGAUUCCGGCAAAAGUAGCCAUAGAACUGGAGGACAGCUACGUUCACCUGUGAAGUCUCAUCAGAUAUCUCACAACUGGUCUGAUGAAUCUUUAUCUAUGACACAGUCAGAAACCACAUCUGAUCAAAGUGACAUUGAAGGACGGAUCAGGGCCCUGAAGGAUGAACUACGGAAAAGGAAGUCUGUGGUUUACCAGCUGAAAAAAGAACAGAAAAAGAGACAAAAGGAGAGACUGAAGGCCCAGGAAGCCAGUCUGAUCAAACAACUGGAGUCGUAUGAUGAGUUUAUCAAGAAGACUGAAGCAGAGCUGAGCCAAGAUCUGGAGGCAUCACCAACAGCCAAACCUCAAAUUAAAACUCCAUCCUCAGCUGCUGCUGAGAAACCUAAGAUCAAGGCACCACCGCUUCACAGGCCCGAGACAGCUAAAAACUGGAAAUCACUGGCUGAAUCAGAGCGAUCCAGAGCAUCUUUGGAAUCUAUUUCAGAACAUGGAGAUUCUUUGUCAUCAAAAACUGAGAGAUCUGUGUCUGUGCACACCAAGAAGGUGAUAGAUGUUCAUGCAGAAGAACCUUCUGGAACAUCUUCUGUUUUAAUGUCACCAAGGAUUUCCAGAGCAGGAUCUGGUGACUCCUUAGAUAAUGUACCCUCAUCAUCUCUUCUCAAAGACAUUAACAGGAUAUUCCAUGGGUCAAUGAACAAUGUGGUAAAAGCAUCCAAUGAUGAGGCUGUCUUCAGUCAUAAAUCUGAAAUACAGGAAGACUUGGAAUACAUAAAGUCCGAGGAAUAUGAGACUGAAGGUUCUCAUGUUAAGCCUUUGGAGAGUUCUGAUGUCUUGUUGACAUUAGAUAAAGAACAGGAGAGCUCACUGGACAUCCUUCCAAAGAAAGUCCUCCAUUCUGAAAAUGAACACCCUCAGAAGGAACUCUUUGGUUUGGCUCUGGCAAGUCUUCAUGGUUCAGAAGAAAUCUUAGAACAGAAACCAGCAGAUAAAGAUGCUGUAACUGGCCUGAAUGUAGAAGAGUAUUCUCACAAAUCAGCAGAGGAAAAAGGUUAUCUGCUUUCAGAACAACUCUUUAGUCAAAAGGAGCCAUCAUACCUUGAAGACUUUGAAGGAUCUUCCUCCAGAAAACAAACAUCAGUCGAAGAAACACUUCCUGAGCAACGUUACAAAGAUGACUUUGAAGCAUCUCUUCUCUCUCCUAACGGGGAUGGUCAGUCACUGACAGAGCACUCACAGCACACACAAACCAGCAGAAGUAGAUCCACCAGCCUUGGCAGUGAUGGUGAAAUCAGUGAAUGCCUCAGCGACAGGUCUAUCUCUCUGUCUGGCAGCGUGCAUUCAGAGAGGUUAUUAGAACUUAAGUCCCCAACAGAACUUAUAAAAAACACUGAACGCAGAGAUGUGGAGCAAGAACAUGCCCCUGCUGAAUCACCGCUGUGGGCCCCUGUUUCAAUCACAGAGGAAACAGAUAGUUUGCCAAAUUUCAACAUUGGUGAUAGAGUACUUGUGAGUAAAGUCCAACCAGGAACAUUGCGAUUCAAAGGUCUGACAAAGUUUGCCAAAGGAUUCUGGGCUGGUGUGGAGUUGGAUAAACCUGAAGGGAACAACAAUGGGACUUAUGAUGGUAUUAAAUAUUUUGAUUGCAAGGAAAAGCAUGGUAUUUUUGCUCCUCCUCAAAAAAUCUCUCACAUUACAGAAAGUAUUGAUAGCCAUUUAGACACAAAUAAGGAUGAAGACUCAUUCUUUGAUGAUAGGCUGGAGAAACAACACAAAGCUGAGCAGAAAGACAGAGGAAGUUUCAAACCUGGCAAAGAGGCUGAAAGCCAGAGCAGAGAUGCAACAGAGAACUAUUCCCAGGAUAAAACUCCUGCAGACACAGCUGUUUCAGAAGCCUCAGCUGGUGAAAGGAUUGAUGAGGAGUCAUCUUCUAAAGCAAGCAGCAUAAAGGAGUUUUCUGUAGCUACUCAAUCACUUGCCCAAGAACAGUCAGUGGUGGAUUAUCUGAAGCAUGCUGUAAAAGAGGAGACCAGCCUCGCUCCUCUCAUUUCUGGUGUUGUGGAUGAGAUUUCCACUGGUCAGUUGGAUGACAUCUCAGAUUUCCUUUCUGAAAAACUUGAGAGGCAGAAGACACUGGGGGAAGAAUGUGCUGAGAAGUUAGAUGAUCUCUCUCCUGGAGUUGUGGAGAAGCCUGCAACUCCACUUCUGGAUUUGCUGGCAAAAGAAAAGACCCAGUUAGAAGCCCAGCUUAAACUACCAGAUAGAGAGGAAGAAAAGUCAAAAGACCAACUGGAAAAGGUCAGUUUGCUGACUGACAGUCUACUAAGGGAUUUUGUGAAGGACACAGUCAAUCAGUUACAGCAAAUAAAGAAGGUCAGGAAUGAGAAAAUCCAGCUCAGCAACCAGGAGCUCUGUGAUGCGAAGGAGGAGUCCAGUACCCCAUCCCAGCAGGUAGAAAACCAGAUUCCCAAUGGACUGAAUAACUUUUUUAUAAGUUCAGAUUUGGAAGAUGAAAGAGAAGAACUUUCCUCUCCAGACAUGUGUCCCAGACCAGAGAGUCCAGUGUUUGGUGCCAGUGGUCAGGAAGAGCUUGCCAAGAGACUGGCAGAGCUGGAGCUUAAUCGGGAGUUCCUGAGUACACUGGGAGAUGAUCAAGACUGGUUUGAUGAGGACUAUGGCCUGAGUUCCCAUAAGGUCCAGCACAAGCAAGCUGAGGAACCAGCAGUGCUGCCCAAGGUAGAACCACAGAAAGUGCCAACAAAGCUGUCUGAGGAGCCUUUGGCAGUCCCUCAUACCGCGGUGGAGGUGGAAGGUAUGGUACAUGCAGCAGCUGAGGAACUCUGGAAACUGAAAGAGCUGGGUCGUGAUCUGCAAAGUUUCAGCCUUCAUACAGAUCUCAGCAGUACCCUCAAAGAGCAGGACACAGACACAAUAAACAAGCAGGUUUAUAAAAAGGUGGUAUUUGAUUUAACAAGAGAGAUCUUUGGGGAAAUCUUUGCUGAGGAUCCUAAUCUAAAUCAGCCUAUUUGGAUGAAGCCAUGUAGGAUCGCAUCUGCCUACUUUCGCCGAGUGAAAGAUCCAAAUGAUCUAGAUGAAAUCAAGAGCUUCAUUGCGGCUGAAGUUCUGAAGCUGUUCAGCCUGAGGAAGGAGCCGAAUCACAAAACAGACUGGCAGAAGAUGAUGAAAUUCGGGCGGAAGAAACGAGACCGAGUGGAUCAUAUACUGGUGCAGGAACUUCACGAGGAAGAAGCGCAGUGGGUGAACUACGACGAGGACGAACUGUGUGUCAAGAUGCAGUUGGCAGAUGGGAUCUUCGAGGCCUUAAUCAGAGACACUGUUGAUGUACUGAACCAGAUAAAUGAGAAACAGCGGAGAUUGCUGCUUGUCUGACCGCGCUGAAAAUAAACUCAGAGCUGCGUAACCACUGAGUCACCGGCCUUUCCGACUCCUGACGUUACUCUCCAUCCUGCAAGCCCUGCUGCUGCUGGACUUCCCUGCGUGGAGUUUAAAGGCAGUGAUUAAAGGAACCUGAAUUUGCAUCCGCUGCCACUAGAGACCUCGCACCAGAUUUAUUAUUUGGAACGAGCUGAUCCCUCACUCGAGGCUGUAUUGUGGAGUGCUCAAGACUGUUCAUGUGCCAAUGCAGUUAUGCCACAUAACUGUCAGCAGCUGUCUGGGGAUUUGACAUGUUCAGCUUGUGGUCUGCAUGGGUUGGGUUAAGUUGAGAUACUGGAUGCUUUGCUGGAAUGGCUGUCAGCCUUCAGUACUCAACUUGUCUUUAGAAAUGUGAGUAAUUUGGAGAAGAAACGGUUUGGUCAGGUUUUAGUCAUAAACGGAGACUUACCAUACUGAAGAGUGUUAGAAUCUUAACACCUCUUCUCCUGCAGCCCUAACAAUGUGCAUCAGUUUUUUCUGCUCCAGAGCCCAUUGAAUUCCCUUCUCUGUGAAGUUGGUUUUCACCUUUCUUCUGUGAUGUGGUACCAAGUAUGGUGCCGGCCAGUCCAGGGGAAUUAGAUAAUGUUGCUUUUUGCAUUCAAGUAAAGAAUUCUUGCUGCUUUUCCUAUGUAACUUGCUUCGGUCCCAAGGUGAAGCAAGAUAAAGGCCACCUAAUGUCAAGCAUGAAAGAUGAGCCCAUGGACAACUUUCCUCCUACCGUGUAGCACUUCUCUUCCUGGAGCACCAGCUGCUCCCAGAUAAUGGAUACUCAGGACUUUCUCAGGCACGAGAGAUGCAGGAGUGGAAAAUAACUUCCUCCCAAAAAUUUGGCCUUCAGUCCCUCAGCUUCCUCCGUUACUGUCACCUGAUAAAUUGGAGCAGCUGUUACUUGAAGAAUUUAGAGAACAGAGUGUAUUCACCAAAGAAAGCAGUGUCCAGUGCUUGACUGUCUGCAUGUUUUGUGCUUGUGGGUUUUUUUAUUUAUUUUCAGAUAAUUUAUUAAGUGGGUUAUAGGAGAGUGUCCUGUGCAGUUGGCUGCACUGUCUUAGGUUUUGAGACAGCCGAACUUGAGAAAGCAUCUGUUCUGGAAAUUUCCAGAGCCCCGUAUUCUUCACACAAAACCUCCAGCUUCUUGAGACAGACUUCCUUCUGCUGAGUGCUCCUUCCUAACCUGUCCCUCCCAUUCUCCUGUUUUUAUUGGAGGAACACAGACAGUCUGGGGUCAAACUUUGAUGCCUUAAUAGUGGAUGUCCCUGUUUCCUAACCUGGGACAAGACCCAGAGGAGAGUCAGAUUCUCCAGACACACUGAAGCGCAGAAAGACACUUUGAAGCCCUCAGAGAUGCCCCAGAGAUGCCACAACCCAUGAUAGAUGUGGCGGGGAGAUCUCUACUGUCUCUUUCAUCUGCUUGGUUCUUGGGCUUCCUGCUAUGCAUACCUCUGCUACUGCUCCCUUUUUGUUUUCUCUUUUCAACCUUUUUUUUUUUUUUUUUUAAGCUAUCAUUGGAGUAUUUGCAUUUUGCACAAUGACACACAGCUGGUAACUUCUUCAGGGACAGCACUGGGAAAUGUUGGAUUUGUCAGAGGUCCAUGCAAAUUCCCAGAUACAGUAUUGCCAGCAAAUGACUUAUGAGUUAAUGGUGAGCCAUAUUCAUGGGAGUUUAAUGAGUGGAAGAACAAGUAGGAGGUCAUGUUGUAUAGGAACACCUCCAGUGGGCAUGUGCCACGUCUGUUUUGCAGUAGUGGCCCUAGAAGUCAAAUAGUCUUGGUGGAGUUCAGCAUUUUUUACCCUAAGUGAUUCACUUGUCCACGUAAAAUGUCAUGGUGCUGAACCAGGAAACUCUCAAAUGCUUAAGUUAGAAGCAAAAAAAAGCUGCUGCAUUUAACCAGCAUGGUGUCACUGACUGGGUCACCGCCUCAGAUUCCCUUUCCUGGGUGUAUCUUCUUCAAUAGCAAGGAUCGUUAUUUUUAUAGGUAGCAAUUAGGGAAAGAAGGCAGAAACCUGCAGCGUAGGUUUGUGGCUGGAGUAUCACAGAAACAAAGUCAGUUUCUGUUCUGUAGAUCUCGUGGCUGAUAUUGAGAAGGUUGCCCUGCAUCACCAAGGCUUUUGGGCUGGUCUGCGGGGCUGGCUUAGCUUUUCUGGUCUGUCCACCAGCAGGGAGAAGGUUGUACAGUUGGCCUGCUGGGGACCAUUGGAGAUCAUAUGCCUGUUGUCUUGCUGGCUUGGAUAGCAGUAGUUGAACACCCUCUACAGAAGUUGUAACUAUUUUUACAGCUGUUUGGGUAGAAGGAGGCUGUGUCGAAGUAAUGGCUUUAUUCCUUUGUAGACAUCAUGUUUAUUUUUUGGUAGCAAUCCUUGAUUUGGAGCAAAAGACUUGAACGUACGUGAAUUAUCUUCUCAAUACCUCAAGUGUGUUGAGUUGCUUUGAGCUGAGUGUAUACUCAAAACCUGGAGUGUGUUGAGUACUUGUGGACUGAUGAUUGCCGCGACGAAGCAACGGUCUGUCUGUGUCGUGGCUGGUAGUGAGGAGGUGUGGGGAAGCCUAGAGUCCCACGGAGGCUGAAUUCUCCAUUUCUCUCCUCUCCCCAACCUUCUCAUUUUAAUAACAAGAAGAUAUUUCCGGGUCCUGGUUAAAAGGUUCAAGGCUGAGACAUUUUUUUUUCUGAGACCCAAAAGACGUUUGGGGACAGUGGCUUGUCACCACUGGGGAGAUGCGGUUCCCUCUUGGGAAGGAUCUUGGUGCCAAGUGGGAAAGCCCAGGCUUGUGAGGAGAAGGAGCACGAGUACCUCUGUCACAGCAGGAUGCUCCCUGAGCCAAGCUGUGGAAUAUCAGUGCUUCUGCCUUCCCAAAAAGGCUUGUCGCUCACAAGGUGGAACGAGAGGCUGAAAAAUCCCGUCUUGUUCACUUUCCUUUCUUGAAAAAAGUGGCCUUAGCUUUUUGCAAUACUUGAAUAAGUGUGUACCUGCAGAAGAUCUUCAGUAGCACAGAGAUAGAGACCUUUUAAGUGACUAUUCUGCGAGGAACCGCGCGCAGUUCCGACUUUCAUAUCCCUUUGCUACCUUAAGAAUAUUAGGAAAAUAAAAGUACUUUUCAGCAGAGAAACAGUUGAAUCUUAUAAGGUAUUUAGUGCAUCUGAAGUGUUUACAAAUCAACUAAAAUGGAGAAAAGCGAACUAUUGAACCUAUUUGUAAUUUAAAUGUUAAAUGCAAAAAUAUAUACAGAUGAAAGAGGAAUACUGUAAUUAACCUGCAUUUACUAGUUUUUUCCUUGACUUUGCAGAGCCUUUUGAUACACAUUUGCAAAGCCGCCUUUUGGGAGGCUCUGUCUCCCUGUCUACUGUGUGUGGAGAUGCUGAAAAGAAACCCUUUUACUGUGUACGUGUAAAUAACCUGGUAACUUGGUUUUUGGGCCAGUUUCAGCUAAUGUUCACAUCCAGAGCAGCUUUGCACAGUAGGCAGAUCCAAGGAUGUGGAGGGGUUGUUUCUCUUUUGUAAUUAAGAAUUGUAAAAUAACCAGGGUGGUCCCUGUGUACACCAGUGUAAAUAUCUUUGGUAACUGAAAUGUACUUUAAGAGAACAAAAUCUGUAAAUAAACUGAUUUAUAAAUUAA